AUGGUAAAUUCGACAUCUUCGCCAUCGUUCCUCCGCACAAGGACUCUAACCGGGUUAUCGCAAAUCCCUUUCCCGAACGCCUAUACCCAUGCACGAGUCCAGCACCACAUAAUCCCCGCUCUUGGGAUUGUGGUUCCUCCAAUCAUAUAUGCAUUGUAA